AUGAAACUGUUCGGAAGUAGCAGCACUUUGCUUUUGAUCCUGAUCAUCGGUCUGGUUUGGAGCGAACAGCUAGAACAGGACAAUGAUACGAACGAUCUCGAAACGGCCGAAUCUGCCUUUCACAUUGACCCGAAAACAGUAAUCUUUACUGGGCUGGCGGGCAUCGGUGCACUGGUGGUGAAGGGCAUUGCACUCGGCAUCGGUGGCGGUAAGCUGCUGCUGUUGGCGAAAAACUCCGGAAACUCGCACAGCUCGUCUGGAUGGGACAGCUCAUCCUCCUCCAAAUCCUACUCGUCCCACCCAUCCUAUCCGGCGUACAAGUCCUACUCGAGCAGCCACUCGUCGUCGUCGGACGAUGCAAAGUCCACGUCGUACACCGGCAGCUUGAAGGUGUCCGGUUCGCUAACGCCGGUGAGUUCCGAAUCUUCGUCCGAAACGAGCGAUUCGACCACGUCUGCCCCAUCCAAGACGAACCUCUCGCUUGACGAUGUUGAUGAUCCACUGCCUGAAAACUGAGUUUCGCAAAAUUUCAGGUCUAC